CAAAAUGAUUUCAUGGAGUUUAGUAUUACAAUUCAUUCUACUAGCAAGCUUUGGGUGUACACACGUAGAUGGUCAAGAUGGACAAUUCUAUGGAGCAGCUUUAAGCUCUAUGCUGGAAAAACAAGCUAAUGGCAGUUCUCUAAUUGUCGUCGAGCUUAUAACUGGAUGGGUACUUGGGAAGGGCCCAUGUGGACAGGCAUGUAGUUUAUCUGAUAUUGGUAGAGCUACACGUUUAACUAGACCUGGUGUAGUGUCAUCACAUCCAGGUUCUCUUGGCGACUUUACGCUGAAGAAUAAGAGACGCUUCACGAACACGCCAACAAUAACAAAUAUAAAUGCGAUAGUGGAGAAGACAUACAACGAAACUGUGAUUGACGUUGAUGAAAACAGACAAUGGGAACAGGAAAUCAUGCAUUUCAGCGUUUUAGUUGAAAAAUCGGGACAGUCAUUAAAAGGCUUUGACGGGUAUUCUAGGAAUAAUCUCUCCUUGCAAACAGGCAGAAAUAUGGAUCAUUGGUUUAUUGAAACACAUAUAAGAUCUGGUAUUCGAAGUGAUACAAAGACAGCAAAUAAAGGUCCCAGAUCCCUAAGCAGACCAUAUUACAGGGUUGCCUUAAACAAAGUUUCAAGGAUAAACAUUCCAACAUUAGAUGCUGAUGGAGACAUCGUUAAAUGUGAACAAUCAAUUCUUUCAGAAGGUGGAUCGAUCUCAAUGAACCCACCGCCAAAUAUCAAAAUUUUUGAUAACUGCACCGUUUACAUAAACGCAUCAUAUUCUGCGGGCUACAGAAACAACAGUUGGAUAGCCAUUCCAGUUAGUGUCCGGGACUACAAUAGAGAUGACAUUGUUUACGGUGCCGAUUUUUACACAGCAGGACAUUUUUCGCUAAGUACAUCCUCUGUUCAGUUUGCUGUUCAAGUAUUGGACAAUUUAGAACAACCUUUUUUUGUUGAACCGUCAUUUGAAAACAAUCAUGUUUUUAUCAUUUAUGCGGGAUCGACAUGGUCGGCGGAUAUUUACGCUGAAGCACCACAAAAUGCCACAAUCUAUGCAUUUAAAGCGUUUGGAAUGCAACAAGAAAAUGUUAAACUGCAAACUCCAAUUCAACAAGAUCCGGCACGUCCACAAAUAAGAUUUACAACUAUGAGUUGGAAUCCUACAGUUGUGGAUAUAGGAAGGCAUGUGGUAUGCAUCAAGGUCAAUGAUAGCAAUGGAAUUUAUUCCUUGGAGGACAGAUGUUUCUCUUUGAUUGUCCGACCUGACGUUUUCAAUUAUUCUUCAAGUUACACGCAGAAUAAGCCUGACUUUGUCGAUAUACCUUCACCAAAUCAAACGAUUGAUUGCACACUUCAUGCUACAUGCACUUUAGUUCUUAAUGUUAAAUCAGCAAUAAAACUAAAACACAUACUGGUGACUGAAAGCUAUAUUGACAAGUAUCAGGUUGGCGAAAUUCAAACUGGAACAUAUAAAGGUCAGCAAGUAUACAAAGCCUAUCUUACCCUUGAACCUACAAUGUUUGGAGACAAGAAAAUCUGUUUAAUAGCAAAGGAUGCAAAUGGAGGUGAAAGUGACAAUGUUUGUAUCUCAAGCCAUAUAGAACCCCCAGAUCCAUGCUCGUUACAUCCAUGUAAAAAUUCCGCUUCUUGUGUGAUGGAUCAUGCCACUGGUGGUUUUAAAUGUCAUUGUCUUCCAUUAUUCUUUGGCAGAGCCUGCGAAAAUAAGGUAGACAAAUGCUUUCCUUAUCCAUGUGUAAAAGAAAAUACAAUGACUUGUUUUGAAGGAAAAUGUUACUGUAAUCCGGGAUUCGCUGGAGAAAAAUGCGAUAUAAAUAUAUAUGACUGCCCACAAAAUGCCUGCAACGAUCAUGGAAUGUGUAAAGAUAGUAUAGGGAAUUAUACUUGUGAGUGUUUUGAGCGUUAUGCAGGAGUAAAUUGUGCGAUAGAUAAUUGUCCUUUACAAAAUAGAGGAACCAUAAAAUGCCCGGAAGUUGGCUGUGCAACAGACUCCUGCAAUGGUCGCGGUGUGUGCUCUACUGGGGGACACUGCACAUGUGCAUAUGGAUACUACGGACACCAAUGCGAAACACCGAAGUGUGAUAUUACAUGGACAUCUACAGGGAUUAUUUCACCUUCAGCCAAAGAUGGAAGUACACUUAUUUGUUAUACACAAAGUGACUUUAUUAUACCAUGUUCUUUGCGUGUUUUCUUCACUGGCAAACCCGGUUUAGUGCCAACUUUUGAUAUUGAAACAACGAAGGAAUUACAAAACAUCACCACUACUGGCCCUGCAAAGAAAUCAUCAGACCUACCUGGAUUUUCAACUAUCUAUUCAACAGAUAUAGAAAUAAGUGGAACCUUCAACAGUUCUAACUUUCAAUAUAUAUGUGUAAUGGCUACGUACAUAAACACAAAAUCUUCGGUUUGUUACGCUAUCAGCAUAAUUUCCAAUCCUGAAACGAUUACAGGAAGUCAAGAAUAUUUUCAUCGAAAUGCAAAAAUCAAAUUUGUCCAACCGACAUUCAAAGAUGGUAGCAAAAUAACACUAACUACAUGGGAAAGACGUCAGUUGUUAUUAUACACUUCGAUAAGAUCAAAUCGGUCUUCUUGUAAUAUGUCAACACCUGUUACACAUUUGAACGGAACUAUAAAUGGUGGAUGUGACAUUGAUGAUAAAGAUAAUGACGAUGGUGACACGGAUUUAGCUGCCAAAGAUGCCUCACCUUGCUGUGAAGACGUAAUUUCGUCGUCAGCAGGAGUGACUGUUUAUCCCACACAUCCAAGAGGACCAAAUUGCGUUACAGAAGCUGCAAUUCUAUUUGAUAGUGUUGGGGAAAACGAGAUCUGCUUCCAAUCAGCUUCUUCAGAAUACCAACAACUUUGUUACACAGUUCAAGUGUAUGCAAAAGACACUCGAGAUCCGUGUUUAAGUUCACCGUGCCAGAACAAUGGUUUUUGCUUUCGUACAGAUCAAGACAAGUAUAGAUGUGUUUGUUCGGACAAGUAUCACGGAGAAAAUUGCGAGAAAGGUCCCUGUCAACCGGCUGAUAACAACUGCCAGAAUGGUGCAUAUUGUCAAGUAGACAAUGGUGUUGCUACAUGUAUUUGUAAAGCUGGUUUCUUUGGGCCUACCUGCAAUGAAGAUCCAUCAAGUGUAUCCAACGGAUUUACAAAAUUCACAGAUACGGCUAAGCCAUCAUCUUUCUCCUGUGUAAUAUAUCAGCAAUGCGGAUUUUCUGUUAUCCUCUCCGGUCAACCUGCCAACAUACCCACAGUAUAUCCUGGUUAUAUCGAUCCAACUUUGUUACUGGAAGAAAUUAAAACUGUUGACAGAAAACCAAUUCCCGACAGCUUUCAGACUGAUGUGAUUUUGAAAGGUUUAGAGCUAGGUGAAAAAGAUUUGUGCCUACAGACAAAAGAUAUACAUGGAGUUAAUAAAGACGAAUUGUGUGUUAAAGUAAAUGUUGUCUCAGAUGUGAUUCUGUUAUAUGGUUUCAAGGACCGACCACACUUUAUAGAGCCAAGCUUACCUAACGCCGCCGAUGUCGAGUGUUUAGCUGGUGGCCCAUGCCACGUGCUUUAUCACGUGACAUCUGGUAGUGGACACGAAAAAGAAUGUGUAUCCAUCCAAGCACAGCCACCUACAGGCGGCUUUGUAAACUACCAUAUAUUUUCAACAUGUGACAAUUGUAUAACCGGCAACGCCAAGCCAAGUAACGGAAACUGCACUGUGGACAUCUCCGUGUUGAAUGAAAUUGCUGACAAAAACACUAAUAGAACCUUUUGUUUAUCUCUCUUUUUGAAAGGGGCAGUGGUAGAGGAAGGCGAAACGCGUUGUUUCAACAUACAUAUUAAAGAUCCAAAAAACAUUGUAAAGAAAGGUUGUCAAGCACACGAAUGCAAAAAUGGUGGAUUUUGUGAUGGUCAUGAUCCAGCUAAUCCGGUUUGCUUUUGUGUCGAGGGAUUUUCAGGUCCAACCUGUGAGUCAGCAAAGGUCGACAGUCCUAUGACAGGUAAUCAGACCCAGACUUUAAUUGGUGACAUAGCGGUUCCAACUAAUAUAAAAUGUAUGGUAAUGAAGACUUGCGGCAUAUCGUUCCAAAUUGUUUCAAAAACAGGAUCUUUCCCAAAAGUGUCCCUUGGUUAUCACGAUCCACAUUUGAAAGUGGGAUCUCCAUUGGUCAAAGCCCUUGGAAAUUCUACGACUGUUUUCCAUGGACAAGCUGUCACUACACCAGACACCGCCGGAAACUUCAAAUUUUGUUUUCAAGUAAUUUUAAACAGCAAAACAGAUGAUGAAAUGUGUGUCAAUGUUGAAGUUUCGAGUGAAGUCGACGACACAAGGAACCAGUACUUUCCUUACUUUCUUCCACCAACAUUGUCGUCUGAUGCAAUGGUUGUGUGUUCGACAGGGAAACCUUGUCAUUUUGAUACGUAUUUUACUUCUGGAGAUCAGUUCGGAUAUGCCGGAAGAUGUCCUAUUUUGACGGUAACAAGCCGCAAUCUAGCCAACAUUGUACAUAUCUUUGAUACUAAAAGGAUAAGCUCAGAGUGUAAUGCUGAUGUGUCUUAUUUGACACCGUCAAAAGCCGGCGAACAUAUGUUGUGUCUCCAAGUAUCUUUACCAGGGAAGAAGGGUGAAGAAAUAUGCUACAACAUUAAAGUUUUAUCCGACGUAAGGAAAGAAGUAUUAUCACCUUGUCUUGGACAAUCAUGUGCCAACGAUGGGACGUGCAUAGCUGAUUUCAGAUCAACUCCUCCUAAAACGUUUUGUUAUUGCGCUGUAGGUUUCUCAGGGCCCGAGUGUCGUACAGCUGAAGUUGCAAGUAGCACAGAUAAAAUGUGUUUUUCCUGCACAGACCUUGUAGAUCUAUCAUUCUGUGACGCUGUAGAGCACUGUCAGAGUAACGAAAUAUGUUUUGUUGAAAAGUAUACCUUAGCUAAUGGUCAUAAACAUUACAAAUCUGGGUGUAAAGAUAGACAGACAUGUUACAAUCAAUCGAUUAAUGGAACAUCAAGCUGUCUUCAGUGCUGUGAGAACAGUUUUUGUAAUUCAGAAGGAUGUGGUGGAACAGCUUUUCCACCCCGACAAUCGCGUGGUCCAUUGUGUCUGGAUUGUGCCCAUGUAAGCGAUCCGAUAGAUUGUGACCAAGUGGCAUUUUGUUCUUCGGACGAGUCGUGUAGGGUGGAAAAAGUAAAAUGGGGCGAUGCAUAUCUGUAUCAUUUAGGAUGUGAAAGUACACUUCAAUGUUCGUUUGAAAUAAGCAGAAGAGCUGUUGAUAUACGAUCAAUAGAGACAAGAUCUGCAGCAGUAUGUCAUGCUUGUUGCGACGGCGACUUUUGCAACCGAAACUGCUCAAAUCAUCUUCCGGACAACCAAGGAAUAAUCGUUGGAUAGACACCGGCUGUCAUAGUCUAUUUAUUUGUAACCAUAUGAUACAAAUAUUGUAAAAUACUUAAAACUCAUAAUCAGACAAUAAAACAGUAUUUGUUUUAAAGUUAUACAAUAUAAACUUUGUUUUCUCGUUUAAGGUACAAAAAUGUUAUACCAGGGUUCACAAAUAAUAUGUAUAUUACAUUAAGUGUUCCAUAAUCAAGCCCGUUUGAAGAUAUAUGCAGAUUAAGUUUUAAUUCAAAAUUCUACCAUUUGAAAAUUGCUGUUUAAUCUGGUGCUAGGGGGCGUGGGUAAUAGCUCACACCUACUGCCAUGCAUGAAUAGACUCAAACAAUUCGAGCCUCUAACAUUAUGUCUUUAUUCUAUUUAUAAGAUAUUUGUAAUUUGCUUAUUUUGAUAGUAUGAUGUUUGCAAUCUAGUUUGUCAAAACAUGAAGAUAUUAUUUCUUUUAUAGUUCGAUCAUUUGAUUUAAUCUUCAUAAUGUUAGAAUUGAAAGAAUAAGAAAGUUCACCAGUUGGCGUAUGUUUAAUAAAUUCCUCAGUUGGCGUAAGUUUAAUAAAUUUACACUUUAAAAAAGGACUUAGAGUUAGACAAAAGGAACUAUCAAAUGGAUCUUAUGAUACAUGGAACAAAAUGUCGAUGAGUGAUAAUUGAAUUUGUAUUAAAAUCUUAUGUAUUCCUUUAUAUUAUUAUAUUAGUGUCAAAUAAAAUAAAAGGUU